CUUCAUUUACCAUUAUUUACCCGCCAUGGAGUUCGCACUUUAUUUAAAAAUGUUCGAAAAUGAUAAUUUCUCCCACGCUUUUAAAGUAUGGAUGGAGAAGCGGAAAUUGGAUUUGGAGCAAGGAAAGGUGAACAUGAGCAGUAACCUAAACUUCAUCAUCGAAGGCGAUGAACCUUUUUUCAUCGCUUUCGAUGAGUUUCACAUGAAACACAUCAAAAAUGCGCCUGAAAGUUUCCAUGGGUGGAAAAUAUUUGCAAUUGCGGCGUCCAAUUUAAAUGGACACCUGCAAAUCAUUCAUUUGAAAACUAUGUCGAGUGGGAUGGGGAAACUGGGUUCCGUCGCCAUCAAAGAUAGUGUGGAAGAAGUCGUAAAUUUAAUAAAUAAUUUGCGCUUAAAAAACAAAUUGGCCGGCGCGGUGGCGGACAAAUGUCCAUCAAACCAGGAGGCAAUAGCCUUCUUACAACAAAAACAAGUACCGGUCUUGUAUGACCUACAUCAUUUUUGUGGUACUUUACUAAGAUUAGGUCAUGUUGAUAACAUUUUAAUGCACCUCUAUAUUGAUGUGUCAUUUACGAAACAUAAUUUUGUUUCAUUUUUUAAAAAAUUUAAAAGUUUAGUCGAAGACACCGUCCCAAACGAUUUGAAGGAUCGAUACAUAGAUGAGUUGCUCAGCUUGGAAGCCUUUGUGAGGAACGUGUUCCAGGUAUAUCCAGAAAGGAGCACGAUUUUAAAAUGGUUGAAUUCGAACCAUUUCGAAAGAGUGGGCGCUUUGCUAGUUAGCAAAACCCAUGUCGGAAUGGAAGAAGGAUUCCUAAAGGAUUCCAGCAAAACCCUUGCUGACCCACAAAAGGCCAUUCAAUUCGUGGCGACAUUGGCCACUAUCAUAGUGCAGUUGAUGCACAAAAAUUUAAAAAACUCGCGUGUUGGACUGUCACAGUUGUAUUGCUCAGAGGAGGAUACUAUUGAAUCCGAAGCAGGACCCUCGAAAAGAGCCAAAAUGGAUUAGUAUUAGUAUGUACAUAUGUCAAGUCAUAUCUACCGCAUUUCCCGCUCUGCAAAGUUGGUAAACAAAUGUCUUCCAGAA